GUGAACCAAACACGGCGAGGAUAAAGCAAGAUGGCGUCACAGUUCAGUGUUCUGAAUCUGUGCCUCUAUGUACACAUAUAUGUCCUUUAUUAGACUCUAUUAAAUAGAGUACACAUCGUUAAUAACUGUUUGCACCCGGUUGUAUUAGUCUGAGUGCACUUUGAUGCAUCUCGAGCUAGCUUAGCUUGCUAGUUAGCUUAGCUUGUUAGCUGCUAACAAAGAGAGGCGGAAGUGAUCAAAACACAUCGCUAAGCAGAGAUCAAGUGUGAGUGUAACGUGUUGUGAUUGUGUGAAAAUGUGCGAAAGAACGAUAGCAAAGUACGAGGAGGAACUUUGUCCAACAAAAGAGGAGAAGAAGCCACGACAUCAAAAACAUCAAGUUGUGUUACACAGAACAGACAUCCGUCAGCUGAUUGAACACCAAGAAGAAGAGGAGGGAGAGUGUCCUGUAGGGCAGGAGGAAGCUGAUCUCUGCAAGUUUCCACUGACUGUUGUCUCUGUGAAGACUGAAGAGCAUGAAGACAAACCACCUGAGUCCUCACAGCUUCAUCACAGUCCAAACAUCCAGCAGCCCCCUCACAUUAAAGAGGAAGAGGAGGAUCCAAAGCCCCCCCACAUUAAAGAGGAAGAGGAGGAAGUGUGGAUCACUCAGGAGGAAGAGUGUCUUCUAGGGCAGGAGGAGGCUGAUCUCAGCAAGUUUCCACUGACUGUUGUCUUUGUGAAGACUGAAGAGCAUGAAGACAAACCACCUGAGUCCUCACAGCUUCAUCACAGUCCAAACGUCUGUGAAGAACAUCUUCACCCUGAGCAACAGAAGUGGAGAUUCAGGAUGCGUACAGAGGAGCCACAGCCCUCCCACAUUAAGAAGGAAGAGGAAUACCCACUGAUCCCCCAUUUCAAAAAGGAAGAUGAGGAACCACUGACACCCCAUUUUAAAGAGCAAGCGGUGGAUCCACUGAGCCCUCACAUUAAGGAGGAAGAGGAGGACCCACUGACACCCCAUUUUAAAGAGCAAGCGGUGGAUCCACUGAGCCCUCACAUUAAAGAGGAAGAGGAGGAACACAGCAUCAGUCAGCAGGGAGAGCAUCUUGAAGGACUGGAGGAGGUUGAUGUCACCAAGAUGCCAGUGACUGGUGUCCCUGUGAAGAGUGAAGAUGAUGAGGUCAAAGGUGAAAGUGAGGAGAGGGGAGGGGGGGAGCCUCCAAGCAGCAGCUCAACACAACACAUGACAACAGAAGCUGAUGGAGACCACUGUGGAGGAUCACACGCAGACAAGCUCUUAGCUCCACUAUCAGAUAGUGAGGACACAACGUCACACUCUCCUGACACUGAUGAUGAAGACUCUAAAGAUGAUAAGACAUGUCACACUGACAACACUCACUUCACAUGUUCUCUCUGUGACAAAACUUUUAAAUAUCCUAGUAAAUUGAAAAGACACAUGAGAACACACACUGGAGAAAAACCUUUUUCAUGUUCAAUCUGCGGUAACAAUUUUACUCAUAGGCACGAUUUGAAAAUACACAUGAGAAUACACACUGGAGAAAAACCUUUUUCAUGUUCAAUCUGUGGUAAAGAUUUUACUCAUAGGCACAAUUUGAAAAUACACAUGAGAAUACACACUGGAGAAAAACCUUUCUCCUGCUCAGAAUGUGGUAAAGCUUUUCAACGAAGAAACACUUUGAAAGUACACAUGAGAGCACACACUGGAGAAAAACAUUUUUCUUGUUCAAUCUGCGGUAAAAUUUUUGUAAGAAGUCAGUGUUUAAAAGUACACAUGAGAACACACACUGGAGUAAAAACGUUUUCUUGCUCAGAAUGUGGUAAAGCUUUUGUACGAAGAAGCACUUUGAAAGUACACAUGAGAACACACACUGGAGAAAAACCUUAAAGGGGAACAUUAUCACAAUUUCAGAAUGGUUAAAACCAAUAAAAAUCAGUUCCCAGUGGCUUAUUUUAUUUUUUGAACUUUUUUAAAACAUUUUACACAUCAUGGAAUAUCCCGAAAAAAGGCUUUAAAGUGCCUGAUUUUCGCUAUCUGUAAGUCCACCGUCCAUUUUCCUGUGAAGUCAUCUAGCGAUGCCAAUACAAACAACAUGGCGGAAUAGCACAGCAAGAUAUAGUGACAUUAGCUCGGAUUCAGACUCGGAUUUCAGCAGCUUAAGCGAUUCAACACAUUACGCAUGUAUUGAAAUGGAUUGUUGGAGUGUGGAGGCAGAUAGUGAAAACAAAAUUGAAGAAGAAACUGAAGCUAUUGAGCGAAUAGCUAUUGAACCUAUUCGGCGAUCGCCUUCUAACCAACGAUUGCAUCUUUUGACCACUGGAGCAACUUAAAUCCGUCGCUUGGUAAGUGUUUGUUUGGCAUUAAAUGUGGGUGGAGGGAAAGGCCGGAUGCAAAUAUAGCUACAAAUGUACAUACAGCUAGCCUAAAUAGCAUGUUAGCAUCGAUUAGCUUGCAGUCAUGCCGUGAACAAAUAUGUCUGAUUAGCACAUAAUUCAAUAACAUCAACAAAACUCACAUUUGUGAUUUCGUUGACUAUCGUUGGAAAUGCAUCUGCUUUGAGUGUCGCAGGAUAUCCACAUGUUUCUCCGUGCCAUGUCUGUCGUAGCAUCGCGGUACAUACAGCUAGCCUAAAUAUCAUGUUAGCAUCGAUUAGCAUGCCGUGCUAAUCGAUGCACACUCUACAUAAAUCAACUUGAAUCCGUCCCUGAUCGUGUUGUUACACCUUCCGACAACACACCGACGCGGCAUGAUGUCUCCAAGGUACGGAAAACAGUCGAAAAAAUGGAAAAUAACACCUGAUUUCACUCUGUUUUUGUAAUGUGUUUGAGAAAAUGGCGGAUUGAUUACCUAUGUGACGUCACGUUGUGACGUCAUCUCUGCGAGAGCGAAUAAUAGGAAAGGCGUUUAAUUCGCCAAAUUCACCCAUUUAGAGUUUGGAAAUAGGUUAAAAAAAUAUAUGGUCUUUUUUCUGCAACAUCAAGGUAUAUAUUGACGCUUACAAAGGUCUGGUGAUGAUGUUCCCCUUUAAACAAGUUCAGUAUGUUGUAAAACUUUCAUACAAAGUCCAUAUUUUGAAAAGACAUGAGAACACACACUGGUUAGAAAGUGUAGAGUUGUGUGGUGAAAGAUUCUCUUCUAAGUACCAGUGUAAGAAACACAAGUGUGCUGGUGAGAACAGCAGCAGCAAAUGAAACUGCAGGAUUUGAAAUAAACUGUCAAAACUUUAACUUUGACUUUCUAACAACAUCGGCACAAAGAUUCUAACAUUUAUAGAUGAGAUAUUUUAGAUUAUUGCUUUUUUUCAGUCAAGUACAUGUUUUAAUAUACGACAUUGUCUACUUUUAUUUAAAAGUGAACACAACACAUUGACUGUAAAGGUGGGAAUAAACAGGAAAAAACAUGUUGCAAAUUAUUUUUAUGUGUAAAGAGAUAUUCGGAAAUCAUUUUUAAUUAUUUAUGAUGUUAUGGAUGAACUCCUUUAUAUGAUGUACAUAUGUGUUUUACAUUUGUUCAUACCUUUGCUUUUGAGUACACAUAAAUCCCUCUUAGUUCAUAUUUACUGGUUCACAUCUGAAACAUCUUCUGGACCACUUCUGGAAGCAUAUUAUUUUUUACUUUGUACAUCAUUUGAGCAGUUGUAUUUUGUACAAGAUCAUUUACUUUUAAAAUGUGUGACUUUAUGAAUAAUUUGCUGGGUCUCAAUAAUCCAUUCCUUUAAUUACUUUUAUUACUCUUUUGUAAUGUGAAUUUUGUUUUAUAUGUACGUGCCCUUUAUGCAAUAUGUAGAUUAGAGAAAAUGGCAACAUAUGUGGAAGGUUAUGAAGGAUAAUUUUGUUUUUAAUAAUAUACAUUUUUUAUUAAAAAACUACACAUGACAAUUGUUUUUUGAAGUUGUUCAUGUUUGUUUCCCUCUUUUAGAAUCCCUCAAACAUUAUCAAUUACAGAAAACUUGGGAACGUUUUGAAUGUUAAGGAAAAGUCAAUAAUGUACGUCCAUCCAUUUUUUUCUACCACUUGUCCCUUUCAUUUUAUAUGUACAGCCUUUAAUCACAAACUUGUCCGCCAAAGGGUGUUGCGUUUUGGAGAAACUCCUGUCAGAGUGCUGUUAAACACAAUAAAGAGGAACCCAAUAAUGUG